AUGGUAGCUCUCUAUAAUCAUAAUUAUGCUUCAUUUGGACUGCAGUGGAUAACAUUGGAUUACACCUCAUUAGCAAGUACUUUUUACCCAGCAGCCAGAAGAGAGGCCCUGACUGCACAAAUGGCAGCUAGUCUUUAUCCCUGUCUGCUGCUGACAGACGCUGUGUUUACAGAAGAGUUUCACAUUUAUAGCAAAUACUUUUUUGCCAGGUCACAGUUUGCCACUGCUGAGGGGACUCUGGAAAAUGAUUUAUUAUCAUCAGAUGAACAAUGGAAGUUGUAACAUUGGAAGAUCCAUGAAAAGCACCAUGGCUGUGAAUCAAUGCCUAUGGAGAUGGUUCUUGUUCUCAUUGCAACAUUGGUUAUUGCCCCGAUUGUGCUUGUUCAGCAGAAACAAAGACACUGUCGAUUGUACAAGUUAGUCACGCCGCUGCAGAUGUGGGUUGCUCCUCUUUAUUUCACCAUCAGACUUUGCUGGUGGAGAUCCCUGUCCAUGUGGGGAAUGCUCUUAGUUAUUAACAGUUACAUCACUUUCAGAGCAGCCUGCAAGUCUCUCUCAGGAAGAACACUACCCAGGUUGGUCUACAAAUGGUUCCUCCUGAUCUAUACACUGAGUUGUGCAAUUGGAAUUGUGGGUUAUCUAGCCAUAAUGUUUACCAUGUUUGGAUUUAAUUUAUUCUUUAGAUAGUCUGACGACUCCAUGGAUUUUGCUGUGAUGCUGCUUUUUUACAGACUGUACUAUGGAGAAAUGGGAAGAGACUUUGCAGAGGUUUGUUCUGACUACAUGGCUUCCACCAUUGCUUUUUACAACAUCAGUGGCAUACCAACAAGAAAUUUGUCCAAUGAUAUCUGUGCAAUCUGCGGGCAGAAAAUUUUUGUGGAUAUAAAUGAAGAAAAUACCUACCAGCUGUCCUCUAAUCAUGUGUUUCAUGAAUUUUGCAUCUGUGGUUGGUGCAUUGCUGGCAAGAAGCAGACUUGCCUGUACUGUCCUGAGAAAGUUGAUUUGAAGAGAAUGUUAAGCCCAUAUCCUUAAACCCAUGUAUUGUAUGGACAACUUUUGGACUGGCUCUGCUAUCUGGUGGUUUGGCAACCGGUUGCUAUAGGCAUUGUCCAAGGCAUUAAUUACUCACUGGGUCUAGAAUAG